UUUUUUGGUGCGUUUUCCGCCCGCCGCCGUGGCCGCCCGGCGAUGAACGGCGGGGCCCUGCCGCCGCCGCUGCCCCCCGCCGCCCCCCGCGGCCGCCGGCGGCCCGCCUCCCCCGAGCUGCUGCGCUGCAAACGCCGCCUGGCCUUCGCCGCCCUGCCGGGCACCGGGGCGGCAGCGGCGGCCGCCGUGGCCCGGCGUAACGAGCGGGAGCGCAACCGAGUCCGGCUGGUCAACAUGGGCUUCGCCGCCCUCCGCCAGCACGUCCCCCACGGCGCCGCCAGCAAGAAGAUGAGCAAAGUGGAGACCCUCCGCUCCGCCGUCGAGUACAUCCGCGCCUUGCAGCGGCUCCUCGACGAGCACGACGCCGCCGCCGCCGCCUUCCCCGACGGCCGCGGGCGGGCGGCCGUCGGGGAAGGUGGCGGCGGCGGCGGCUACUCCUCCGCUUCGCCCUCCUUCGCCUCCUCCGUGCCCGGCUCGCCGUGCUCCUCCGAGGAGAGCGGCUACGACGCGGCGCUCAGCCCCGAGGAGCGGGAGCUGCUGGACUUCACCAGCUGGCUCGGGAGCUACUGAGCCGGUGUGAGCCGCGCUCAGCCUGCAGUACCUCAGCGCCCUCGCUCUCCGCAGCAGCCAGCAUCCCUGCCCCCCCCCGAAAAAAUGCUCACACGCCCUCCCCCCCCAACUCAACCCCGGCGGGACCCUGCUGUCUGCGUUCCUCGCCGGGUUCACCCCUCGUCUCCGGGCUGUGGAAAGUGCAAUGGUGUAAAAGACUGGCCGGGGCUCCGCCACCCGCUCCCGGGGCAGCGUCUCCCGCCGGGAGAAUCCGACGGAGAGGAUGCCCCAGCGACCCCGCUUCCCCCCCCACGGCUGCUUCCCGGUGUUGCUUUGGAGGGGCGGGGGGAAAAAAACAAAAGAAACUGAAAACACUUGAUGCUUCCUUGCUUCUGGAGGGGGAGGGAAUUUUUUUAUCAUGUCAGAUUCUAUUUUAUAUGUAACUUGAACUGCCUAUGGGAACACUGGUGUAUGAAGACUUAUUUUUGUACAAGAAACCUUAGAGAAAAGGGGUGAGGGGAUAGUUCUAUUUUUAGCAAGCCCUAUUCCCUUGUUCUUGAACACUGCCAGCUAGAAUGUUUUGGGAACAUACAUGGUUUAUAUAAAAAGUUGAGUUUUUUCCUCUCCAAACACUUUAGUAAAAGACUGUAAAGUUAUGUUGUGUCUUAACGUGGUGUCUGAGUUUGCCUGGUGUGAAGGUAUACUUCUCUGAAAACUGAAGUUUGUUUUUUUUUUUUUUUUAAAAAAUAUGUAUUGAAGGCAUUUUUGUAUGCACUUGCUAGGAUUUCUUAAAUUGU